UUGCCCUGCGCUGCAGCGCCAUAGUCACCGUAGUCCUGGCGACUGUAACCCACCAACAAUAACAACAACAACCUCCUCCUCUCCGCUCCAUCCUUACCAGCACCUUCCUCCCAUCCUCAUCCUCACACUAGUCCAGGCGCCAUGCAGACCCCAGAGGCAGGCGCUGACUCCGCGUCCACCGUACCCCUUCAGACCAGCGUGCCUGUGCAGCCUGCGGUCAGUUCGCAGCAGGUGGCAUCUCAGGUGCCUGUCCAGCAACAGGCGCAGACUGUUCAACAGGUCCAGCAUGUGUACCAAGCACAGGUGCAGUAUGUUCAGGAGGAAAACAAUGGCGUUUACACCAACGGAAACAUGCGGACGUAUUCGUACUCAGAACCGCAGCUGUACAACCAGAACAGCGGCGGGAACUACUUUGAUACACAAGGCAGCUCGGCUCAGGUGAGCACUGUGGUGACGACUCACAGUAUGGCCAACAACGGGAACGGGAACGGCGGUCUGGCCAUGGGCCUGUCUGGAGGCCAAAUCAUCAGCAGCUCAGGAGCUUAUCUGAUUGGAGGAAACUCCAUGGAUGGCUCCGCCCCUCACACUCAGACAACUAGAGCCUCCCCCGCCACGAUUGAAAUGGCGAUUGAGACGCUCCAAAAGUCUGAAGGUUUAUCCAGUCAGAGAAGUUCGCUGCUCAACAGCCACCUUCAGUGGCUGCUGGAUAAUUACGAGACAGCAGAGGGCGUAAGUCUGCCCCGCUCCACCCUCUACAGUCACUACCUGCGCCACUGUCAGGAGCAGAAACUGGAACCAGUCAAUGCUGCGUCUUUCGGGAAACUCAUCCGCUCCAUCUUCAUGGGGUUGCGCACCCGCCGCUUGGGCACCCGAGGGAACUCCAAGUACCACUAUUACGGGAUCCGUGUGAAGCCGGAUUCUCCUCUGAACCGGUUACAGGAGGACAUGCAGUACAUGGCACUGAGACAGCAGCCCGUCCAACAGAAGCACAGAUUCAAGCCAGUGCACAAGAUGGACGGUGUUUCAGUGGAGAACUUUUCCAGUUGUGGUCCGCACACGCCCAACAUCGCAGAGCAGACGUUCAUCGCUCAAAGCCCGCAACAUCAGCAGUUCCUGGAUGCCUCCAGAGCUCUGCCAGAGUUUGUUGAACUUGACCUUGGAGAGUCUGUGGAAGGUGUCGGCCCAGAGGACGUCAAAGCUCUUCAGACACUGUACAAAGAACACUGCGAGGCCAUUUUGGACGUGGUAAUAAACCUUCAGUUCAGUCUAACUGAGAACCUGUGGCAGACUUUCUGGCGCUAUUCUACCUCCAACUCUGUAGAGGGUGUCACCGUCACAGAAAACAGUGGGAUGAGCGAGAUCGAGGGCCGUCUGCCCCAGGCCAGACUGGUUCUGCUCUGCCGAAAUGAGGCGGUGCUGAAGUGGAUGAACACCUGUGAUUACCUGAUGUAUCAGGCCCUCGUGGAGAUCCUCAUCCCUGAUGUUCUGAGACCCAUUCCUAGUGCCUUGACUCAAGCCAUCCGUAAUUUUGCCAAAAGCCUUGAGGGCUGGCUCACCAAUGCCAUGAGCAGCAUUCCCCAGAGGAUGAUCCAGACCAAGGUUUCCGCUGUUAGUGCCUUCGCUCAGACCCUCCGCAGAUACACAUCUCUGAAUCAUCUGGCACAAGCAGCUCGUGCGGUCCUGCAGAACACCUCCCAGAUCAACCAGAUGCUCAGCGAUCUCAACCGCGUUGACUUUGCCAAUGUGCAGGAGCAGGCCUCGUGGGUGUGCCAGUGUGAAGAGGGGGUUGUCCAGCGCCUCGAGCUGGAUUUCAAGGCCACGCUCCAGCAGCAGAGCUCGUUGGAACAGUGGGCAGCUUGGCUGGACAAUGUGGUCUCUCAAGUUCUCAAGCCGUAUGAGGAUAAACCAAGCCUCCCCAAAGCUGCACGGCAGUUCCUGCUCAAGUGGUCUUUCUACAGCUCUAUGGUCAUCAGAGAUCUGACCCUUCGGAGCGCUGCCAGUUUUGGCUCUUUCCACUUGAUCCGGCUGCUGUACGAUGAGUAUAUGUUCUACCUGGUGGAACACCGUGUCGCCCAGGCAACGGGAGAGACGCCUAUUGGAGUUAUGGGAGAGUUUCAGGACCUGAAUACCAUGUCACCUGCCAACAUUGACAAAGACGAGGUGAGCGAGAUGGACAGUGAUCUGGACGAGGAAAUGGAGGAGUCCGACGAGCCGCUCGCCAAGCGGGAGAAGGCGGAGAUGGAGGUGAUCCAGGUGCUGCAGGUGGGAGCGAUGGAGGAUGGUAGCAGCACGGUGGUGGGCGUGGUUCAGCCCAAUAUGCUCGGCUCUUUGCCCCAUACUCCUGGCAAUCACAGCGAACACAUCCUCAGCUCGACCGGAACCAGCACUAUCCGCCACUGCGGCAGCGUGGGAAACACGUAUGCCUCGGUGUGAGGCCGUCCGCUUCUCUCUUAUCCUCUCUACGCUAUACGUCUCUCACUACCAUCUCUCUGUGUGUCUCAGAGACAUCCCUUCUUAUCCACCAGGGCGAUAGCGCCGUGGUUUACGUCACACAAACAGGAUGAUGAUGCAUAGCUGCUUUGUUCAAGCCCUACAGUGGGGUCAUCUGCAAAGUUCUGAUGAACUGAUCCAAGUAAAUCAACUUUAGGAUGUGACGAGAUGUUGAUUGCAAAGUUGAACGCCCUUAUGUUAAUAGGAUGACCCAGAACUCAAAUCCAAGCCACUGGUUCCCCAAGGGAAACGUACACAUUGAUUGAUUCUGGAAAAUACCAUUUGCCUAGUUAUAUAUAUAUCACUUCUUUAUUUUAUUGUACUGGUCAUUGUUUACAGUUUUGUUUAGAACACGUAAUUGGCCAAAUGUUGCUUGCUGUUGAACUAUUUGGUUAGGGAGUGGAAAGUCUCGCUGUAUAACUGUGCUGCUAUAAUCGAAGCAGGCUAGUCAACCGAACAUAAUGAGCUUGCCUUUUCACCUUCUGCAGUCUGAGUGUUUCCAAAUGCCUUCUUUUGGUAGAUUUAGUUGUUUGGUAGCUUAAAGGAGGUUUUUUUUGGUCAUUGUACAUAUAUGCUGCAUGUACGAACUGCAUUUUCGGUCUUGGAAAUCAUUUUCUUUUUUUAUCGAUUGGACCAAAAACACAGGAGUGAGAAACAACUGGCUGUCCUGGGCCAUUUGGAAGCUUCGUUGCCUCUCACACCUGUGCGAUAUUGCAGAACAGAGUGAUUGUCAGGGAUUUUAUGUACCUCGGGUUCAUCUUAGUGCCUUAAGCCAAACAACAGCUUUUCAUUUCGUCUAGACAGGUGAUGCAAGAAGGUCAUUCUGUUUGUACUGAAAACCACACCGCCCAGAGUAUAUUCGUAAUCCCGCAUCGACAUCUGGCGCCAGAUGUAUCACGGUGGACAUGUGGCUGGAUUUGUGGUCUGAUAUCAAUGGUUGCUACCGUCUGAGCGUUUGCAUUAAACGAUUGUGGUUUAGUUUGCGCUAUAACGCGCGUCUGUUGCUGAAUUACUGCUCCCUAUCCACCGUCAAUGCCUGUUCCUGUCCUUCGCCUCUUCAGUAAGGCGAAGGACGUGUGUGUGUGUGUGUGUGUGUAUAUUUGUGUGUGUGUGUGUGUGUGUGUGUGUGCACGAGAGCUUGAAUUUGGCCGAGGUGUUUGUCGUUUGAUUGUUGCGUGUACACCUUGUCACCCUACCUCACACCGGCACUGCCGGUCUUUGACACAAAAUGUCCCGAUGUCUUGAAUUGUGUCUUGUUUUUUUGCUAGCCCGAAGUUGUCAUAUGACUCUACUUAUUUCAAUUCCCAUUGGCUGUUUCCCCCUCCCAACCACAAAAGUGAAUAUUGGUACGGUGGACCAAAAGUUGAUAGGCUAGGAUUUAAAGGAAUAUUCCUGGAUAUCGACGGCAUUUGUGGCAUAAUGUUGAAUACCAAAACUAUUUAUUUAGCCCUUUUCUUUAGAAAAAACCCCCCAAAUAUCUGGAUUACAUGGCUGAAGCCGUUGUGCAAGAUGAAUGACAAAUGGAAAUGCAAGUAAAAUAUAUUAUUUCCAUGUUUUGAAUCACAAUACACUGGCGGCUAAACGUUUGGGAUAAUGGACAGAUUUUGCCCUUAUGGAAAGAAAGUGGUACUUUAAUUCACCAAAGUGGCAUUCAGCUGAUCACAGUUCUUCCCAUAAGAGUCUUCUCUUUCCUGUUGUACAUGAAACUGGUGUUGAGCGGGUAGAAUUCAAUGAAGCCGUCAGCGGAGGACAUGUGAGGCGUCUAAUUCUCAAACUAGAGACUCUGAUGUACUUAUCCUCUUGUUUAUUUGCCCACUUCCGGUAAGGGGGCGGGGAGCAGCAGCAGCUCAUUUGCAUUUAAAGAGACACACACGAAAUCAGCGUGUUUUUGAUUCCACCCAAAAAGAGGCGUUUAUAACAUGAUAUAAUAAACGACCCGUGGGGUAUUAUGAGCUGAAACUUCAGACACAUUCUGGGGACACCUGAGACUUAUAUUACAUCUUGUAAAAGGGGCACAAUCGGUCUCCUUUAAAGAAUCAGAGGGACAAGGUGUUCAACAUUAUGCCACAAAUGCUGUUGAUUGAACUGAACUUGUAUUGAACCCGGAAUAUUCCUUUAAAUAUCUUUAUAGGUUUAGAAAUAUGGCCAUGGAAAUAAUUCAUACAUUUGUUCCUGUGUAUAUAACUUACAGUCCGGGGUGGAGAUUCAUUUGGUAUUAGAUAGUGUGUUGUUUGUUUUGCUUUUUACGGGGGGAAAACGGGGAAUGAGGAGGGCAACUCUGAGGAUUGGAGAUAACAGCGGCCACUAGUUUAUGGAUAAAACCGGUUAUUUGAGGUUUGUUGUUGUACUUAACCCUUUAUCGACUGCUCUGUUAUUAUGGAAAACACUGGAAAAUUGUAGUUAUUAACUGUAUUGCAUAAUUGUCUUUACUACUGACUUUUAUUUAAACCCUUUUUGUUUGUUUGUUUGUUUAUUUUCCCAAUUCCAAUGUGCGCAGAGGCCGUUCGAUGUACGUUAUUUUCAUCUAUUUGUAUUGAAACAGUAUAAUCAUAAUUUUAAAGUGAGGGAAAUUGAGAUAUGAAUCUGUCCAUUAAAAUAUCUCCAUUGAUGAUUUUGAAAUAAUACAGAACUUUAAAAAGAACCCCGUCCUGAUUGUCCCGAGACACCCGUGUCCUGUAACUGAUAAUCAGGACGUUAUAUUGAAGUGUGCAAUCUGUGAGACGUACUGGAACAUGUUUUUAACAGUAAUGACCCAUUAGUAAAGACGUCCCACAGCUGAAGCAUUGAGAUGAUGACGUGAUUGACCCGGAGUUGUUUUGCUACCGCCACCUAGUGUUGAGAGGACGGCGUUUCAAGUGCGUUUUAUUUUCUCUUUGAUUUCUCGUGCCUGGACGACAGACGGCUCUUCACUAUUGGCCAGUUUGUUAGAUGUCUCGAUCUCGUGUGAUGACACCUACUCAAAGUGCUUUUGGUCUUGCAUGCCUUUUCUUGUGCUGCUAGAAUAUCAUGAUCUUUCUCCAGGAAGUGUGUUCGUUUGAAACCACACGCCCAUUUCUACUCUCAAACUUUGCCAAAAUACACUUCAAAAUUAAUCUUUUGAUUGGACAUGCCUUGCUCGAUCAUCUGGGGACGCCUAUAGUUUCACGUUGCACCAAGGUUGUUUUCAAAUGAAACCAUCAUCUGGAUAUCAAAGCUUUGUUAGGUAAAGAAACUUGCCCUGAUAUCAGCAUAUCAACCCCUUGAGAUACCGCAGAGGAGCGUGAAGGCAGCUUCACUGGCUGAAGACUUCAGUGCCUUUGAUUUCACUACGACCUCCAGAACCAGAACAAGCCAACGGACGGACGGACGGAGCUCCAGAGUCUCCUAAAGCCGCCACACACACCUAUGACACAUAUGCACAGACCCGUUUGAAGGCACCCAAACUUUAACCGCUGAUGAUGACCUGAACUGCACUAUCACCGUCAUCACGAUUCGUUUUAUCUCCGUUCUACUGUUUGUGGAGUGACACGCUUGGUUUUUAUGUUGUCGUUUUUUUUGGGGUGUUGCUUUUGUAAUAUUUGAAGUGCCAUUUGACGGUUUCCGUAGUGAGUCGUGGCCCGCUGUAGCGAGUUCAAAUGCAAGCACAAGCAUCGUGGAAAACUCUCAGAACUCAAGUCCUAGAUGUAAAUAUGGAGAUAAAAAUGGAAGGAUAUUUAUUUUCAGUCCCUUUGAGCAGUUUAAUGACAGAUUUGUUUGACAUGUAUAUUGUGAUGAAUCCCCCCCCCCAUCCCUCUUUAUGGUUUUGGAUGAUGUACCUUUACCUAUACAGUACAUAUGGAUUUUUUUCCUCUUUUUGUGUGUUGUUCCAAUUUACCUCUUAGUAAAUUAUAUCCUCUGAAAAUGGUUAAAGCUGACUAAUAUGUGUAGAGUGAUUUGUAUUGUGUAUUUUACAUGAAGCAUAACAAAACUGGGGAACUUUUAUAUUUAUAAGAUGAUAUAUUAACAUUUAGUGUGUCAACAUGAGGAAAAUAUAGGAAUUAUCCGGGACACAUGUAGUUUGUUUUUUCUGAAUAUUUCAGACUUGAGCUCAGGCUAGCUUAUUAGUGUCGUUUUCUUAAAUUUGUGGCUUGUCUUUCAAUUAAUAAACCUUUUUCUUGUUGAAACAAA